AUGGCUGUGUUCCUACUACGUCUCUUCUCCUGCGUUCUGGGCGCGCUCGUCGUCUCUGCAAUAGUACAUGCGUCAGCACCCUCCGCGACGACGACCGCUGCGACGAGCACCCUCACAGGCAUCGCCGCAACCGCUCCCACCAUCGGUCCCUCCCAACAAGUAGGCAGGUUGCCCGCUCUUGGCUGGAACUCCUGGAAUGCGUAUGGAUGCAAUAUUAACGAAACUAAGGUCGUUGACGCUGCAAACCUGUUCGUCUCCCUGGGCCUGGCCGACGCAGGCUACGAGUACGUAAACAUCGACGACUGUUGGUCUCUCCAGACCCGAAACGCAUCCACGGGCCGGAUUGUGCCCGAUCCGAGCAAGUUCCCGAACGGCAUCAGCGGUGUCGCCGACCAGGUGCACGCCCUCGGCCUUAAGCUCGGGAUAUACAGCGACGCUGGUACGAACACCUGUUCGGGAUUCCCCGGCUCUCUCGGAAACGAAGCGGUGGACGCAGAGGCGUUCGCCGAAUGGGGCGUCGACUAUAAUUGCAACGUUCCUGGUAACUGGACGGAUACUUCUACCCCGCCUGACAACGACUGGUACAACUCUAACUCCGCUAUCCGCUACCGCCAAAUGACCGCGGCGCUGAAUCAGACCGGGCAGCCCGUCCACUUCAACCUCUGUAUCUGGGGCAACGCGAACGUGUGGGAGUGGGGCGCUCGCGUCGGCCACUCGUGGCGCAUGACCGGCGACGUGAGCGCGUCAUGGAGCUCCAUCUCGAGCAUCAUCGCGGCGAACGCACAGCAUCUCGAUGCGGUCGACUUCUUUUCCCAUAACGAUAUGUGCGAGCAGCGAACCCACUUCGCCGCCUGGGCAUUCCUGAAGAGCCCCAUCCUCCUCGGGACCGAUCUGAACAAUCUCAACUCGACGCAGCUGGACAUCAUCACGAACGCCGAACUGCUCGCGUUCCACCAGGACCCCGAUGUUGGAACCCCGGCUACACCAUUCACCGCGACAGCGUCCGCUCCCACCACUUCGCCUCCUGAGUUCUACGCUGGAAAUUCCUCGAAAGGAACGCACGUGUUCAUCAUCAACACCGGCACAAUGGCCGCGAAGACGUUCGAGUUCGCAAACGUGCCAGGCCUCGGCUCCGGGAAUUUCACGGUUCAUGAUAUGUGGGCGGGCGAGGAUCUGGGAACCUUUGCGGACAGCUUCUCGAUCACUGUGAACACGCACGAUACUGCCGCGCUCUUGAUCGACCGUGCAUAG